AUAAAUUUUCAUUCAUCCUGAUAUGGAAAAUAGUUAUAUUUUUGACACUUCCAGAAAAGAAGCCCUUGAAUGUGAUUGUGCUAACAAAUUCUUAAUGAUCACAAUACUCUCAUCAGAUGUCUUUCAGAAGCAGACAAAUAUGAUUGUUACAACUUACAAGCACCUUGUUUUUGACGCCCAAAUAAAACUAAAUCCCUUUACUACAUGCAUUACAUGCUGGUUUGCCCUUACUUAUACCUUCUGAAUCACACAAUUAAGCAUCCUUCUAUUGCAUACUACAUGUCCACUAGCCAACCUGGGAAAAAAAUGUCCUCUUCAUCACCUGAAAUUGUCGUCACUAGCUCCCCUGAUGGCCCCAUAACUGCCUAUGACACCGUCUCAGGCACCACCCUAGCUUGCUUCACCGGCAGCCGGUCACCUCGCCAUGGCCUUGCCCUUGCAGGAAAUGCUUAUGUUGCUGCCUCUCACAUCUCCUCAUCCACAGCUUCAGGCUCUAUUCACCUCUACAAUUGGUGGUCUCCUACAGCUUUGCACCACCUUCCUGUUCCUGAACCUGUGGCUCCACUCGCUGCAACUCCUGAUGGCUUGUAUCUAUUUGCAGGUGGUCUUUCUGGAAGCGUCUAUUCUAUAACAAUCCCUUCAGGGAGCAUUCUCAGAUCAUUUCCUGCUCAUGACAAGCCUGUAUCUUCUCUCAGAAUCAAUAGUGACUGGUCACUUGUGAUUUCUGGAGGCGAUGAUGGUACUAUUGCUGUUGUUCCAAUAUUUCAGCUUGUAGAAGCAUCAGGGGAAGAGAGUCCUAGCAACUUGACAUUGCAUAGAUUUGUUGCUCAUGAUGGUCCUGUGACAAGUAUCAUUGCUUGCAUGGGAUUAUGCCAUCCUACCAUAGUUUCUUGUUCAACAGAUUGCACUUGCAAGCUGUGGAGCCUUUUGGAAGGAAGAAAUCUGCAGACAGUGGCGUUCCCAUGUGUGAUUUCUAGCAUCGCAUUGGACACAACAGAAGCAGAAUUCUAUGCUGCAGGAUCUGAUGGUUUGAUUUACAAAGGAUUCCUGAAGGUUGGAAGCACAAAAGAGGCGAACCAGAGUCGUGAAUUGGUCACAUGGGCAGAAAAACAUGGUGGAGCUGUCGUAUCAGUGGUGGUGGUGAAUGAGGGGAAGAAUUUGGUAUCUGCUGCAGAAGAUGGAAGUAUUUACAUAUGGGAAAUAGAAAGGGGGCAAGUGCUUAUGGUUCUUGGCAAUGACAUGGAAGGCAUCAGUGAUGUAGUGGUGGCCAAAGGGAUUAGUUAUGGUAAAGCGUAUGGGCUUCGAAUAGGCAAUGACAUGAAUGAAUUUGGCGGUGGGAAUUUGGGAUUAUCAGGGAAAGAGCUUAGCUCCAAACCCAUAAAGGAUACGAUGGGUGUAGAGGAUGUUCUAACUGUGGCAGCAAGUGACAGGAGAAAAGCCAUUGACAUGCUUGAGUCUGCAAUUAGAGUGUAUGAGAGGCUUUUGGAGCUCAUUCUCAAGGAGGCCAAGGGAUGCGCUAGCAAAAAUGGUGAAACUGAGGAAGAUGACAUGCAAACACAUUGAAAUAAACAAAAGGACGGACCAUAACUUCUUUCCUUUACCUCCACCUUCAAGAAGGGUAUUGAUUAUUAAAUUUGAGGUGAAUUAUAUCAAUGGUGAUUAAACUUUAAACAGA